AAAGCCACAAGCAGCAUCAAAAGGACCUCGCUGGCCACCGACCUGAUCCGCCCCCUUUUUUUCUGGCGAGCGUACAUCAAAAUUUCAUCAAAAUAUUUACAAAUGUGCAAACAGCAGCAAACAGGAGCCAUGCUCUUUCAUUGCUGCAUUAUGACAAUAUGUGACAUGUUGGCCAUCGCCACAGCAACACCGUCCAAAAUACUGCAUGGAUACAUUGAUGUUUUUGACCUGCAUGUGUCAGAAUUUAUGUGUCAAAUAUGGAACGUUUCCAUGGUAACAGGUAAAUUAAAUAUAAUGGAAGAUUAUUCACUUGGGCCCAUUAGAAUAACAUGGGGAACUUCAGCCAUCGCCACGGCAACACCGUUAAAAUUACAACAUGGUUACCAUUUGCUUUUUUGAUCGGGACCACAUGAAGGAAUAAUCACCCAAAUUUCAUUAAUUUCUGACAAACUAAUAAUUUUACUCCCCAUAUAGAUUUUAUUUUGAUUCUGUAGGGGGCGUUGUAAUGCCGAUUGUCAAAAUUUCACUGUCAAUCUGUACAGGUAGGAAGGGUCAAUAAGUAUUUAAAAUUUGGUUCGGAUUGGAGUCGCUAUGUACGAAUGGCAGCCAUUUAUCACGCACAAAAAAUGGCAAAAUUGGACAUCAACUUUGCGGUGUUGCCAUGUGGAAACCAUGAAAUGAAAUUUUAUGAUUUGGAUAACUUUUGUCUACUUGUGUAGAUGGUGUCCACCAAAUUUCAGCUCAUUUGGAGAAGCGCGCCAUCAAAACGAACAUUUUGUACGACGUCCUGGAAAACUAUGACGAUGGGAGAUUUUUCACUUGGACCCAUUAGACUAACAUGGGGAACUUCAGCUAUUGCCAUGGCAACACCGUUAAAAUUACGACAUGGUUACCAUUUGCUUUUUUGAUUAAGACCACAUGAGGGAAUAGUCACCCAAAUUUCAUUCAUUUCUGACAAACUAAUAAUUUUACUCCCCAUACAGAUUUUAUUUUGAUUCUGUAGGGGGCGCUGUAACGCUGAUUGUGAAAAUUUCAUUGUCAAUGUGUCCAGGUAGGAAGGGUCAAUAAGGAACUGAAUUUUGUGCAAAAUGUAGUGAGUUUUUGAGCAUGUUUAGGGGGUCGAGUUGUUUAGGGGGCUUGAUAUGUGGGAGCUCUCAGCGGAGCUACACUCUGACAUAUAACUUGGUCCUUCGAGCCGGAUCCGAGGAUUCCUUCCCGACAUCGAGGAGAGCCGACACCGAAGUCUGUCGACAGCGAUCGUCUCCAAGCAGCGAGAUCUGAAAAUCCUGGGACGUGAAUUCGUGGCCAGGUCGGUGAAAGGAAAAGCGGUCCCUCGGCGCUGGGUGUGAAUCCAAGGAUCCGAUCCAGGAAGUGACACCGAUCAGAACCACGGAAGCUCCAGCCUGGAGACUGGGUCCUGAUCAGAGUCCUGAGGAGAAAGAAUUGGAAGUCGCCUCGGUGGGAAGGGCCGUAUCAAAUACUGCUGACGACACCCACGGCAAUAAAAAUUGCUGAACGGCCUUCGUGGAUCCACCAAUCGCACUGUAAGCUGAUACAACUGGAAGCCGAGCCAGAUCAACCGACGGGGUAGUGGUGGAAGUCCGAUACAAAGGGGUCAGUAGCACAAUAGGGUGCUGACGUCUCAAUCCGGUGAAGAACCCAACUAAUCCGCGCCCAACUUUAGAAUGGCUCUCUGGCGACUUCUGCUAGUCGCAGGGGUGACUUUGUCACUCCUGUGGUUCCUCUUCCUCUCUCUCUCCUCUACAGGAACUCACAGGACUAAAAGGACCCAUGAACACUCCAUGGCAGCGACUUGGGAACAGAACUUCUGGUAUAAAGCUAUGAAUUUUACAGCACAACAGAAUAAUGUCACCAAUUGCUACGUGUGCUCACAAUUACCUCAUCAUGCUACACAUCAGACCAUUUUCACUCCUGUAGGACUUAAUAAAUCAGAAACAUUGUGUAUGUUUGGUGAAAGCACACUCAGAAUGCUAAAAAAUUUCACUGGUAACAUGUCAUACUGGUUUCCAAAUUGUACUAUUCGUGAGGAAAAAUGGCUGGAUCCCACUAAUUUUUCACAGGCUACGAACACCACAUUAGGAGUGGGAAUUGCACCAUUACGAACUAACAUUCCUUUCCCAUUGUGUCUCCAACGCACCUGUGGCAAUAUGUACAGGCAUCACUUACCAGGAACACCUAAUUGCAUCCAUAUAAUAUCACUUUCCAGUAACUCGUCUGCUAUCUUAUCAUCAGUUCCCUUUAUUGGAGGAUUUAACACAUCUUGGUGGUUUUCUGAAGAUAAAUAUAGGACUGGAAGAAACAUAACAACCUUUAAUCUCGGACCAAAAAUCUCCACUCCACCCAAAAUGAUGUGGCAAUGUGGAGGACUUCUUUAUUGGUAUUUGCCAUUUGAUUGGUGCGGUACUUGUACCUUAGUUCAUUUGCAACCUGCUGUAAUUGUCAUUACUGACCAACAAUUAGAGAACAGGACAUAUAUACACACACACCGAAUCCAAAGCCAUGAAACUAAAGAAGAACAACAACCUGCUUUCAGUAAACCAAAACGUUUUCUUAUGUCUUUAGUUCCUUCAUAUGGUACAUCAAGAUUAUCCGCAAGUGUAAAUAAACUUUGGUUUUCUCUCAAUAAUCUCACUAACGCACUAAUCGACAUAACUGAUCAGCUAGAAAACGAUCCUGAACUUAAGGCUAUCAAGCAAAUGACACUCCAAAUCAGAAUAGCUUUAGACCUUCUUUUAGCAGCACAAGGAGGAGUUUGUGAAGUUGUUAAUGACCAUUGUUGUACAUACAUCCCUGAUCACAAAGGCAAUUACACUUUAAUCAGACAGAAAUUGGAUGAGAUUAAAAUAGACAUUUUAAGAAACCAAGACAAAGGUAUUUUUCCAGGCUGGGAUUUUACCUCUUGGUUUACAUCUGGUGAGGGUUUUUCUCUGCAGUUUCUAGUUCGGAGUGGAGGAGGCGACCCCCGACCCUGA